GGAGUUGCAGACCAGCCUGACCAACCUGAGGAUAUCCCGUCUCUUCUAAAAAGACGAAACUCGGUUGGGCUUGCUGGCGAGCGCCUGUAAUCCCAGCUACUCAGGGGGCUGAGACAGGAGAAUCGCUUGAACCCGGGAGGCGGGGUUUGCGGUGAGCCCAGAUCCCACCACUGCGCUCCAGGCUGGACAACAGAAGCCAAACUCCGUCUCAAAAUUGAAAAACAAAACCUCAGAAAACCUUCCCCAGCAAGGGCCAGAGACAACGCCCGUCCCUAUUUCUUGACAGCAAUUCAAGAGAGAAUCUCAGGUGGCCUGCAAAACUCACAAGAGAGCAGAAUAUCCUCCCCAAGGCAGAGAAGCCACACGCUCUCUCUGGAGGAGGUGGAGUGGCCACCGAUCACCCUGCAGCCCCUCCCCACUCCCAGCCAGAAACCCCAGUCCCUCGGAACCAAAUUGUUUUCCACUGGCAACAACCUUCCUUCCUGGAAAAUCGUUUCCCCUGCCGAAAUGGAGAACAAGCACGAAACAAGCAAACACAACUCAAAACACAAACACAAGGAAGCAAUCCGAGCAAGCUCUAGCUCCUCAUAGCUCAUCGAUGCCCCCACUGGCGUGCUACUGAAAACAGCGGCUGCACCCAUUAAACUCAUUCAUUACUGGAGAACGAGACAGACCUCAGCAGAUCCCUGCUCCCACUGCGACACACCCGCUCCAAAAGACAGAAAGGAAACAACCCCCACACAACACAUAAACCUGCCCCAGAAUAGAAUUCAGCAUCAACCUAAGGAUCCUGCUGUAACAUUGCUACACUGACCCAGGACAGCUCAAUUCUCUUCCCACCUAUUUACAAAACAAUCCUCAUUCUGGGAGCUCCGGAAGCAUGGCCAGUAUUGCACUAGGAUCCUCUUCGUGAGGUAGCCGGAAGUCUGGAAACACAGCAAAUUUACCUAUUUCUCUACACAACACGGAGGGUAAUUCUCAGAAAAGGCUUAACACCCGAAUCCUCAUACUUCAAAUGGUUGUGUUUUCCCCAUUCGGACUGAAAGGUGAGAGUGGAACUCGGCUGCCCAAACCGUGGCGCCGAUAUCAGCUGCAGGCCAGAGCAAGCCUUUCCGAGGAGAUUUUAAACAACCGGUGGGAGCAAGAUCCUGAAGCAUUUCUUCCAAGAUUGGCAGCAGGAGACGAAACCUGGCUCUACCCGGCAGGAUCCUGAAGACCAAGCACGAAGCCGUGGCUAGCAAGAGGUGGCAGUGCUCCAGCCGAAGCCACAGAGGAGCAGUCAAGAGCGGAGGUCAUGGCCACCGUUUGGGGGGGGAUGCCAGAGGGAUUCUCCUCGUUGGCUUUCUGGAGGGCCAAACCCUGAUCACAUCUGCUCACUGGCAGAGCCUUUUCAGAGAGUUAGCCAAAGCUGGAGCGGAGAAGGUCCCCACCAGAGAGUUCUUCUCCACCACGACAACGUUCCUGCUCAUGCCUUUCUUCCAACGAGGGCAGCUGGGCAAGACUUGCCAUGGGAAAUCACGAGGCGUCCACCUUACCGUCCUGAUUUGGCGCCUGCUGACUUCUUUUCGUUUCCUUGUCUUAGAAAACCUGUAAAGGGCACCCAGUUUUCUUCAGUUAACAACGGAAGAAAGAUUGCAUGGAAACAGUUACAUUCCCAGGACCCUGGGGGGCUUUAGGGAUGGGCUGGACGGCGGGGAGGAGACACUGCUUCCAGAAGGGUCUCGAAGUUGAUGGAGACGGGGUCGAGAAGUAAAAUACACCUUUUUCAUUUUUCUCCCUUAAUCCCACUUUUCUACGAAUGUUUCCAAGUCCCCUCACACGACGGCAAUCCCAGGUAAAGAGUUGUCCUCCUCUGUUGGUUCUCCUUCCUACGAUUUUGUCUUGCGGUGUUGUUAUUUUCGCUUUUACUCCCAAGGGGAUUCUGUCUGUGUCUUUGGGAAUCCACAGAUGCGGGGGCUGGGAACAAGGAGGGCCAACGGUAGAACUCAGUGGGCUGUGUCCAGGCUGCAAUUAACCUAAUGAACCUGCCGGGCACAGCAGUCCACCUGGCGUGGACCGUCCCGAUUGGCUGCGUUGGGCUGACGGAAUGAAUUCGUAUUGGGGCGGGGCUGCCCAAGGCCCAAGGGGGUCAGGGCUUGAGUCCUGGGUGGGCCCGGGGCUGGCUAUAUAAGGCCGGGCUCUGGCAGCCCAGCUGCAUUCCGCCUCGGACGGCGCAGCGCAGAGGUCACUCCAGGCUGCGGCUCCACAUCCCGAGGGACAGAAGCGGGCCUGCUCAGCUGUCUGCAAGGACCGGCGUUCCAGACCAAGUGGCCCGCUGCUCCGAGGACCCAGCUCGCUCCAGGUUGUGGGGACUCCACGCCCCGAGGCCUGCGGUCCGCGAGGACCAGCGCCCCGGAACCAGUGGCCCACUGCUCCGAGGACCGAGCUCGCGCCAGGCUGUGACUCCACAUCCCGAGGUCGCUGCCUGGCGACCGGGCAGCGAGGACCGGCCACCCCAGACUUCGUGUCCCGCCGCCCCGAGGACAGAGCCGCGAACGCGAGGACAGCGACGCCUGCACAGCUCUGCUGAGAUGGCGGCAGGCUCCACUACGCUGCGCGCAGUGCAGAAGCUGCAGGUGCGUCUGGCCACGAAGACGAACCCAAAAAAGCUGGAGAAAUAUUUGCAGAAACUCUCCGCCCUGCCCAUGACGGCAGACAUCCUGGCGGAGACUGGAAUCAGAAAGACGGUGAAGCGCCUGCGGAAGCACCAGCACGUGGGCGACUUUGCCAGAGACUUAGCGGCCCGGUGGAAGAAGCUGGUGCUUGUGGACCGAAACACCGGGCCUGACCCACAGGACGCUGAGGACAGCGCUUCCCGACAGCGCCUCGGGGAGGCUCUCCAGGACCAGGAAAAGGCCUGGGGCUUCCCAGAAAACGCGACGGCCCCCAGGAGCCCAUCUCACAGCCCUCAGCACGGACGGACAGCACGCAGAACACCUCCGGGACAACAGAGACCUCACCCGAGGUCUCCCAGUCGCGAGCCCAGAGCCGAGAGAAAGCGCCCCAGAACGGCCCCAGCUGAUUCCGGCCCCCGUCGGGACCCUCCAACGCGCACCGCUCCCCUCCCGACGCCCGAGGGCCCUGAGCCCGCUGUGCCCGGGAAGCAACCCGGAAGAGGCCACGCUCACGCCGCUCAGGGCGGGCCUCUGCCGGGUCCGGGCUGCCAGGGCCAACCUCAGGGGGAAGCGGUGGCGAGCCACAGCAAGGGGCGCAAAUCGUCCCGCUGGGCUUCGGCUCACAAAUCGCCUCCUGUCCAGGAAAGCCAGUCAGAGAGGCUGCAGGCGGCCGGCGCUGAUUCCGCCGGGCCGAAAACGGUGCCCAGCCUUCUCUUCGCAGAGCUCUGGGACCCCUCAGCGGCCUGGAUGCAGGCCAACUACGAUCUGCUGUCCGCUUUUGAGGCCAUGACCUCCCAGGCAGAGCCAGAAGCACUCUCCGCGCCAACGUUCCAGGAGGAAGCCGCUUUCCCUGGACGCAGAGUGAAUGCUAGGCUGCAGGUGUACUCGGGCUCCAGGCCUGCCUGCCAGCUCCAGGUGCUGACGCUGCGCCAGCAGUGCCUCCCGGUGCUUAGAAACAAUCCGGACGCCCUCGGCGACGUGGGAGGGGUCGCCUACUCGGUUCUUGAACCCGUUCCGGAAGGGUGGACGCCUGAUCAGCUGUAUCGCACAGAGAAAGACAACCACGCACUCGCUCGAGAGACAGAUGAAUUAUGGAGGAUUCAUUGUCUCCAGGACUUCAAGGGAGAAAAGCCGCGGGAGCACGAGUCUUGGCGGGAGCUGUACCUGCGGCUUCGCGACGCCCGAGAGCAGCGGCUGCGAGUAGUGACCACGAAAAUCCGAUCUGCACUUGAAAACAAACCCAGCGGCCGACAGACAAAGAUGAUCUGUUUCAACUCUGUGGCCAAGACGCCUUAUGAUGCUUCCAGGAGGGAAGAGAAGUCUGCAGGAGCCGCUGACCCCGGAAACGGGGAGAUCAAGCCAGCCCCCCAGCCCGCAGGAAGCAGCCAGGCUGCCUCCGGCCUCGGGGACGGCGGCGGCGGCGGCGGCGGCGGCGGCAGCAGCAGCAGCAGCAGCAGCAGCAGCAGCAACGUCCUUCACGGGCCCCCUGAGAAGCGGGCCAACCCCUGCCUGAGCAGCAGCAAUGAGCACGCGGCGCCCGCGGCCAAGACCCGGAAACAGGCUGCCAAGAAAGUGGCCCCGCUGAUGGCCAAGGCAGUUCGAGACUACAAGAGAAGAUUCUCCCGACGAUAAACUCAGGACUUGCCUUACACAUAAAAUCUGGGGGGAGGAGGACCAAUGCAAAGUCAACGCGGGUUGGGGAACGAAACUUCCAAUGGACACCAGGACCCUUGGCUGGGUGCAAAGUUGAGCCUCUGAAUUCUGCAGGUGUCAAGCGCUGGCCCUGUGAUUUUUGCCUCCCACACCCGGCCACUGCCUCCCUGCUUGGAGGACACCUCAGAAUUCAGAAGAUAUUAUGAACGCGUUCGGAUCAACUCUGCUUUGGUGGUUCACCGACCGUUUUUUAAACAACGCCCUAGUUGCCAUCAUAAAUCAGGUACGAGAUGUGAGAGUCCCUUUUGCCGUUUGUUCUCUCUUCUGAAAUCAUGGAGCACACAGGGACUUCUUAGACACAAACUCUCAAUCCAUCAGUUGACACUGAUAACUCCGACUACGCAAAAUGUCUUGUUACUGUUGUUGUUUUCUUUUAGAUAAAAGGCCGGGCAUGAUCCUCUAAUCGUGAGCCAUCCUCCUCCGGGAGGCCGAGGAAAGCAGAUCGCUUGAGCCCAGGAGGUGGGGACCAGGCUGGGCCAAACGGAGAAGCCCCGUCUCCACAAAAGAUACCAAAAUUAGCCCGGCGUGGUGGCACGGCCCCUGUGGUCCCAGCUCCUUAAAGGGCUGAGGUGGCAGGAUCGCCUGAGCUGGGCAAGCGGAGGUUGCGGUGACCCUUCCUCAUUCCACUGCACUCCAGCCUGGAUGACACAACCAGAGCACACCUCAAAGAAAACUGCUGUUUGUUUGAAGAAAGGAACUCUUGGCUUUCAUACAUAAAUGCUAACAACUGGUACGUUCCUUAAGUCAAAACACUUUUACUAGAGUCAUUCCCAAUCUUUUCACCCAGAACCCCUGUGAAAGAAUGGCGACACCUUAAUCAGCUUAUUUAGGUUCUCGAUCAGGAAGUCUAAACCUGCCAACCAGAGUUUCUAAUUCCCAUGAGAUGACCGGGUUAACUACCUUGACUUCACCUCCUACCAGCUCCUGCAAGCUUUGGUGAACGUUUGCCUUCUAACUCAGGGCAUUUGUUGGCUUCACGCGGGCUGGUAGUCACAGGUCCGUGUGCCAGAUACGACACACACACAUACACACAAACAAAGACACACACACAAACGCACACACACACGCGCGCGCACACACACAAACACGCACGCGCA